CCGUCGCAAAAUUGCAGAACGGGAAAAAUAUUCCCACUUUGUUCAUUUACCACCCGGGAGAGCCCACAAGAAACGCUGAAAAAUAUACAAAAAAUACGCAGCAAAAAGUACGCAAGAAAAUACGCGAAAACACAAGCAAGCACAAUUUUUUAUGUACGAACAACUUCGCGUUGCCUUCCUUGCUGUCCCAGAUUUUUCCCUACUGGGAAACCCACUGUGUCACCGCCCAAGUGCGUGACGUAUGCCCACAGCUGUGUAGGUACAGGAAUAAGCCUUUUCCCCCACGGGUAGGCAUCACUGGCUAGGAAGAGGUUGCCACUACCUCCUUGCUUAAUGAUCAUUUUUUUCCCAUUUCGGAAGAACCCCCACCCUACUGACGAUACAAAUACCUGUGGAGCAAAAUGGCGGUGUCGAAUAAGAAGUUGCAAAAAAUUAUGACCCAGCCUAUAAACCAAAUUUUCAGGUUUUUCACGAACAAAACGGUGGUCCAAAUUUGGCUCUAUGAUAAACCAGACACCCGCAUUGAGGGAAAAAUUCUGGGCUUCGAUGAAUACAUGAAUAUGGUGCUAGACGAAUCAGCAGAAGUUUCAGUUAAGAAGAACACGAGAAAAGACCUCGGCAAGAUUCUUCUCAAGGGGGACACCAUCACGCUAAUAAUGGAAGCGAAAAAGGAGGAAGAAGAGUAGGUGCUUCGAACGUUUUACUCUCCAGUUAUUCCAAAUUUGAGACCCACUUUGUGACCGAACCUUUUGAGCAAUUCUUUCACUAGUUCUUUAAGACUCUGCUCCCGAAGGGGGGCUUCAUAUCGAUACUAAAAUGUGCGGUGCGAAUAAAGCGUCCGCCCUUCCUGUUUGUCGCAUUUGAUUUAAAAAAUAAAACACCCCUAUUUUUACGUCUCUUUUUUUUUUAUUUUUUUUUCCCCUUUUUAAA